UUGGUGGUGACGGCGGUGGGGGCUUCUUCUUCGUCGUCCCCCCCCCAACCUUCUUGCCCGGCGGCGUGUUCCUGCAGCAACCAGGCCAGCCGGGUGAUCUGCACCCGCCGGGAGCUGCUGGAGGUGCCCCCCAGCAUCUCGGUGAACACGCGGUACCUCAACCUGCAGGAGAACCACAUCCAGGUGAUCCGCACCGACACCUUCAAGCACCUGCGGCACCUGGAGAUCCUGCAGCUGAGCCGCAACCUGGUGCGCAAGGUGGAGGUGGGGGCCUUCAACGGGCUCCCCAACCUCAACACCCUGGAGCUCUUCGACAACCGCCUCACCACCGUCCCCACCCAGGCCUUCGAGUACCUCUCCAAGCUGCGGGAGCUGUGGUUGAGGAACAACCCCAUCGAGAGCAUCCCCUCCUACGCCUUCAACCGCGUCCCUUCCCUCCGCCGCCUGGACCUGGGCGAGCUCAAGAGGCUGGAGUACAUCUCCGAGGCCGCCUUCGAAGGCUUGGUCAACUUGCGGUACCUCAACUUGGGCAUGUGUAACCUCAAGGAGAUCCCCAACUUGACGGCUUUGGUCAGGUUGGAAGAGUUGGAGCUUUCGGGGAACCGCUUGGGGAAAGUCCGACCCGGUUCCUUCCAAGGUUUGGGCAGCUUGAGGAAGCUGUGGUUGAUGCACGCCCGGGUGGCCGCCGUGGAACGCAACGCCUUCGACGACCUCAAAGCCUUGGAGGAACUCAACUUGGCCCACAACGAGCUGGCCUCGCUGCCCCACGACCUCUUCGCCCCCUUGCACCGCCUGGAGCGGGUCCAUCUCCACCACAACCCUUGGCGUUGCGAUUGCGACGUCCUCUGGUUGAGCUGGUGGCUCCGGGAGACCGUUCCCAGUAACACCAGUUGCUGCGCCCGGUGUCACGCUCCGCCGGCGUUGAGGGGCCGGUAUUUGGGGGAGCUGGAGCCCGGCCAUUUCACCUGUUACGCCCCCGUCAUCGUGGAACCCCCCGCCGACCUCAACGUCACCGAGGGGAUGGCGGCCGAGCUCAAGUGUCGCACGGGGACGGCCAUGACCUCCGUCAACUGGUUGACCCCCAACGGGACCCUCAUGACCCACGGUUCUUACCGGGUCCGGAUCUCCGUUUUACACGACGGUACCCUCAAUUUCACCAACGUCACCGUGCAGGACACGGGGCAGUACACCUGCAUGGUCACCAACGCCGCCGGCAACACCACCGCCUCCGCCACCCUCAACGUCUCGGCCGCCGACGCCGCCGCUGCCGCCGCCGCCGCCGCCGCUGCCACCGGCUUCAUCAGAUGGCCCACCGGGAAGCCCUUCACCGUCCCCAUCACGGCGGCGGCGGCCGGCGGCGGGGUUGGUGCUGGGGGUGGGUUACAAGAUCUGGAUGACGUUUUGAAGACCACCAAGAUCAUCAUCGGGUGCUUCGUGGCCAUCACCUUCAUGGCGGCCGUCAUGUUGGUGCGGAUGGUGGGCACCCAUCGGGACGUCCCCCGGAUGGGGAUUGUGCAAGGAGGGACUUGUGCAAGGCACGGUGCUUCGCAGUGA